AUGGCGUCGCUGCUGACUGCUGCCGUGGCCGCGGCCCCGGCGCGCGGGGCGGCGGUGACUGCGCGGGCCGUGGCCGUGCGGGCGGUGGGUGCGCCCGCGCGCGACGUGCGGGCGUUCGGGUUCGACGCGGGCAAGGAGAAGGCGUUCUUCGGGGAGGACUUCGGCGCGCGCGACCCCUUUGAGGCGGAGCUCGCGACGAACUUCAACGAGACGUCGCUGGGGGAGGCGGACACGUCGCACAUCAUCAAGCCACCGGAGAAGAUGGCCUCGCUGAUUGGGCUGUCGAGCAAGGCGUGCUACGACCUCUCCGUGCUCGAGAAGCUCGGCAGCGGGGACGUCACGCUGCUCCGGAACCAGGCCGCCGGGUGGCGCCUGGCCAGCGCGGAGAAUGGAGACGAGGCGAUCGAGCAGUCGUGGCGCCUCAAGAGCGCCGACGCCGCUGAGGAGCUGAAGACGCGCCUCGAGGCCUGCGCGGAGAAGGCCGGCCACCCGAUCCUGAGCAUGGAGGUCGUCGCCGGAGACAGCCUGGCGGUCACGCUCGGGACGCCGUCCAAGGGCGGCCUGACGGUCAACGACUUCAUCCUGGCCGCCAAGCUCAACGACGUGCCGUUCGGGGACCUCGCGCCCCCAAAGAAGCAGCGCUUCUGGGCCUGA